AUGUCUAAUAACCAAGUUGAAUGCAGUUGCUCAGUAUGCUCUCCAAAUGGCAGAUACUCUGUUAUGGUCUCUUCCCAGACACGCUGUACAAAUUUUGCAGAUGAUGUACAAAGAAAUUUCCAAAGACAAUCUUUAUUACCUACAGAAGCAGUAGACAUGAUGAAUGACAAUGCUAAUGAUAUAGAGAUUGAUGCCAAGACAAAUAUUUCUGAAGAUCUUGAAUAUAAUUAUAUUUUUUUGGCAAGUUUUAUAGACUCUUAUAAUUCUAAUUAUUUAACUCUUUCUACUAUAGCUGUUCAUGACUUACCUGGCUCUAACAAUGAGGAUUUGUCUAACUCUUACGAAUUCAAUAACAAAUCUGAAAACAUUGAAGAUUAG